AUGUUAUGUGCUGCAUGGUUCUCAGCUUCUUGUGCAGAUGCCAAGACUCCGAAGGCAACAAAAGACACCACUGAGGAGUCUGAAGUCGAGUUGGCUCAAGCUCCGCAAUCCGGGCCGGGGCUCGCUGCAGCUCCAGAAAGUGUGUGGCUAGACACUGCAGCGAGCAGUACGCGAAGAGAAUCUGACAAAGGGACGACGAUGGCGGAGAGCCAAGAUGAGCUUGCUGAGGAUCGCAAGUACAACUAUGGGCUCCCUGGAACGGAGCCGCCCCCGCCCGUUCCUCCAGCGGCAGCCCAAGCUGCAGCCGUGAUGUUCCUGGGCUUCUGCAUUGCAUGCCUCAUGAGCCGUGCGGGGCUGAACGGCAAGGUUGAGGCGUGCAUGGGCGGGGCUGCCGCGGCCCAGCGCGCCGUGGCGCUCGAGGUCGUGGCGCUCCUCUACGUCAACCUGAUGCUCGCCUCGAGGACGCUGCAUGCCAGGCACCGCCACGGGGUGCCCCUGCCCUACAUGUAUCCGCACGCGCCCCUGCGCGUCAGCAACUCCGCGGCUUACAUGGCUGUCGUCCGUGGCCAUGAGAACUUCCUGGAGACGGCACCUUUCGCGCUGGCCCUGCUCCUCUUGUGCGGCUACCACACGCAGUCCGCCGGCAUGGGCGCAUUACUGGGGGGCAUCUACGUGGUUGGGAGAGUCCACUAUGCCUCCGGCUACGCGCGGACACCCGAGGGUCGGCUGCCUGGGCAGAUCUCCUCGGUGUUGUCGCUGGUCAUCCUCGCCGGAGAGGUUGUUCGACACAGCAUGUUUUGA